UAAUCCCAUAAGCUCAUUGUGGAUUCAGCACUCCCCACAUCCACCCAGAGAGUCAUGAGCUCCCACAAGAGACCCGUCCGCGCCCGCUCUGAUUCUGACUGCAGCUCCUCGGCGCCCCGUGACCCAACUGUAGCAGCUACAGAAGAGGGUCCCAGUCUGCUGACCCGGCUGAUGGAGCUGCCCGUGGCCCGUCUGUCCCGACAGCAGCUGAAGAGGCUGGAGGAGCACCGCUACAGCAGUGAGGGACGCUCCCUUAUGGAGCCCUUCAUGCAGGGAUUCUGGUGCUGGCUGGUGAGCAAAGUGCCCCUCUGGAUGGCCCCAAACCUCAUCACCAUCGUGGGACUCGCUACUAAUAUUGUCAGUACUCUGAUACUGGUCUAUUACUGCCCUACUGCCACUGAACAGGCACCAACGUGGGCAUAUUUGGCCUGUGCUUUGGGUCUGUUCAUCUACCAAUCAUUGGAUGCUAUUGAUGGAAAGCAGGCACGACGGACCAAUAGCAGCACACCGCUUGGCGAGCUGUUUGACCACGGCUGUGACUCACUUUCUACAGUGUUUGUGGUUCUGGGCACAUGUAUAGCCGUUCAGCUGGGCACUUAUCCUGACUGGAUGUUUUUCUGUUGUUUUGUGGGCAUCUUCAUGUUUUAUUGCGCCCACUGGCAGACGUAUGUUUCUGGAACACUGCGCUUCGGCAUAAUUGAUGUGACUGAGGUGCAAAUCUUCAUUAUAACCAUGUAUUUACUGGCUGCCAUUGGAGGAACGGCUUUUUGGCAAUCUAUGAUCCCGGUGCUAAAUAUCCAGGUUAAAAUAAUACCGGCUCUCUUCACUCUUCUGGGAGCAGUUUUCUCCUGCACAAAUUAUUUCCGGGUUAUAUUUACAGGCGGAAUGGGCAAAAAUGGAUCCACUAUUGCGGGAACAAGCGUUUUGUCUCCAUCUUUCCAUAUAGGAGUGGUAAUCACACUUGCUCUAAUGAUCUACAAGAAGUCAUCUGUGCAGCUCUUCGAGAAACACCCUUGUCUUUACGUCUUAGCAUUUGGCUUUGUCUCAGCCAAACUCACCAACAGACUAGUGGUUGCUCACAUGACAAAAAGUGAAAUGCAUCGUUAUGACUUGGCCUUCACCGGACCGGCACUGCUGUUUCUGAAUCAGUACUUCAACAGUUUCAUCAAUGAGUACUGUCUUCUGUGGGUCGCUCUGGUGCUGUCAGCGUUUGAUCUGGUGCGCUACUGCGUGAGUGUGUGUAACCAGAUCGCCACACACUUAAACAUCCGCGUGUUCAGCAUCCAGCCUCCGUCUCCCUCCAGACUUCAGACUGACGGCAAGAAUCAUCAUUAAAGGCUCGUCUCGCGGCGUCACACUCCUCCAGUAGGUCACACACUUCAGUGAAUGUAAAACACUGAGACUGAGCCCUAGAACUUUCUGCUCACUAAGAGAGGGGAGGAUAUUUUGUAGUACGAAAGGGAAAACUAAAAGGAUUAUACAAAUCCUGGAGUCAUAACACCGUUUUGUUGUCAGUAUUACCAUAGUAGAUGGUCAGUUCUGCUUUGCUAUAGAUUGCAAGAUGAAGAAUAGAGACUGAGACUAUGAAUGAUUCACGUUUUAUUAUUUUGCAGUUUGUUUUGUUGUAUUAUAGAAGUUAUUGUUUUAUUUUAGUAUUGUUUAGUUAUUUGUUAUUUUAGUUUUUUUUUUUGUUGAGUUUUGUUUUAAGUUUGUUUUGCUUUAGUGCAGUUUUUGUUAGAUUUUGUUGUAAUUUUUUUUUAUUUGGUGUUUUGUUUGUU